AAACAGUUCGCGCUUGAGAAUUUAGGGGAAAGUGAAGACAUUGCAAAAAGCUCAGUAUUAGAGAUUCAAAAGUUUCUGAAAGAUUUUCCAGAGAUUAACGCACAUAACGAUGAAAGAUUUAUUUUAUUCUUCCUAAGAAGUUGCAAAUUUGAUGUGGAACAAACAAAAAACCGAAUUAGGAAUUUUUACAAGCAACGAGCUGAACGAGAUGAAUGGUUUGUACAACGUGAUCCUUUUCUACCGGAAAUAUCUGAGCUUUUAUCAAUCGGCGUGUUUCUUCCAUUGCGAGAAAAAGAUGCUGAAAAUAGACAAAUUGUGAUUAUCCGCACUGCAGCUCACAGUCCAUCAAAUCAUAAACAAAAUGAUGUGUUCAAAGUUGGACGAAUGAUUCUUGACUAUCUCGUAUCGAUCGAUGAAUCAAUUUCUGUCUAUGGCAUUCGUGCAAUCUUUGAUAUGCAAGGAAUUGCAUUUGGACAUGCACUUCAAAUGACUCCGAUGCUAAUUAAACGUGCUGUUAACUCAUGGGAUUCUUACCCGUUAAGAAUCCAAAAAUUAGAGUUCAUCAAUGCCAAUCUAGGUAUAAAUGUUGUGCUCGAUAUUUUCCGUUCAUUCAUGAGUGCGAAAAUGAAGGAACGAGUGUCAGUUACUAGGGGAAAGCCCAACUACAAAGCUUCUGAUAAUUUACCAAAGGAGCUUGGUGGAAAUGUUGAUUCAUACUCAAUACUCGCAUCACAUUGGAAGCAACUGCUUGAAAAGAAUUAUCAAUGGUUCCAAGAAGAUGAAAAGUACAAAAGCUUAAUUUAAUAAUUAACAAAGCCGUCUAACAAUCCACUUGAAACAUUUCUUAUUACUCAUUGAAGCUGAUGAUUUCAUAUACUUUUAUUGUACUUUCAAAAUUAAAAAAUAAAAGAAAUAUUUACAAAAUAAAAAAGUUAAUUUCAUUUAAGCUUACUUAUUUAGG